CCGGCCCCUUGAGCUCCGCACACUUCCGCACAGGCAGCUGGGACAGGGGAAUUCUGGGAAGUGCAUUCCCAGAGUAGCCUGGGGUUUCGUGCACUUCCGCUCUCGGCGGCCAGGUCGCCGGCAUCUUUCCCCUCGCCGCGAUACUACCAGGCACAGUUCUGCCCUGCAGGACUCCGUGUCUCAGGAGCCUGUACGUCUCCAGAAGUAGGAAGAAAAAAUGACCACAUUCAAGGAGGCAGUGACAUUCAGGGAUGUGGCUGUGACCUUCAAUGAGGAGGAGCUGGGGCUGCUGGACUCCACCCAGAGGCAGCUGUACCGGGACGUGAUGCUGGAGAACUUCCGGAACCUGCUGUCUGUGGGGCAUCAACCAUUCAAACACGAUGUGGUCCACUUAGUCAUGGAAGAAAGGCUAUGUGUGAUGAAGAUAGCAAUGCAAAGAAAAGAGACUUCAGGCAAGCUCCAACAUGAGCUGGAGACUGUUCCAGAAGCAGGACCACACGAAGAACUUUCCUGCUGGAAAAUCUGGCAACAAAUUGCAAGUGACUUAACCAGGUGUCAAGAUUCCAUGAUAAAGAGUUCUCAGUUCCCCAAAAAAGAUUCACCCGGCCAGCUUGGGGUAGGACUAUCUAUAACUCACACAGGCCAGAAAACUUACCAGGGAAAUGAGUCUAAAAAAUUCUUCAGUGAUGUCUCCAACUUUGAUUUUCAUCAACCGUUAACCUCAGGAGAGAAGUCUCAUACAUGUAGUGAGUGUGGAAAAAGCUUCUUUCAUAACUCAGCACUUUGUAUUCAUCAGAGAGUUCACAUGGGAGAGAAACGCUAUAAGUGUGGUGAGUGUGGUAAGGAAUUCAGUCAGAGCUCACGUCUGCAAACUCAUCAGAAAGUCCACACCAUAGAGAAGCCAUUCAAAUGUGAGCAAUGUGGGAAAGGCUUCAGUCGCAGACCAACACUUACUGUUCAUUGCAAGUUACACUCAGGAGAGAAACCUUAUAAGUGUGAGGAAUGUGGGAAGGCCUUCAUUCACGCUUACCAUCUUCAGGACCAUCAGAGAGUCCACACUGGGGAGAAACCAUUCAAAUGCGAUAUAUGUGGUAAGAACUUCCGUCGUAGAUCAGCACUUAAUAGUCAUUGCGUGGUCCACACAGGUGAAAAACCGUACAAAUGUGACGAGUGUGGGAAGUGCUUCACUUGGAGCUCACGUCUUCAUAUCCAUAAGAAAGUCCACAUGGGACAGAAGCUAUACAAAUGUGAGGAGUGUGGAAAGAGCUUCUUUUCUAGGGCAAAUCUUUAUUGCCAUCAGAGGAUUCACACAGAAGAAAAACCCUAUAAUUGUAAGGAAUGUGGCAAGAGCUUCAGAUGGGUUUCACAUCUUUUGACACAUGAGCGAGUCCACAGUGGAGAAAAGCCAUUCAAAUGUGAGGAGUGUGGGAAGAAAUUUGGUCAGAAAGCACACCUGCAAGCUCAUCAAAAAGUCCAUAUUGGAGAAAAACCAUACAAAUGUGAGGAGUGUGGGAUGGGCUACAAGACGAGCUUGGAUCUUGACAUACACCAGACUGUCCACACAGGAGAGAAACCAUAUACAUGUAGGGAGUGUGGUAAGCACCUCAGUAAGGCCUCAAAUCUUAAACUUCAUCAGAGAGUCCACACCGGAGAGAAACCAUACAAAUGUGAGGUGUGUGGCAAGGUCUUCAGUCAGUGUGCACAUCUACAGUCUCAUCAGAGAGUUCACACAGGAGAGAAACCGUACAAGUGUGCGAUAUGUGGUAAGCACUUCAGUUCAAGUUCAUAUCUUAAAAUUCAUCACAGAAUCCAUGUUGGUGAUAAAUUUCAUCCAGCCUCAUAGGAGGGAAAAUGUUGGUUUCAUUAAAGUGAGUGUUUCGACUGUAGCUCAGCAUAUCCUGGUGAUCCCAAGACGACACAAGUGGAGCAGUAAGGGUUUCAUCAGAACCUUCACAAUUAUAGUCAUCACUCAAGACGCAGGCCUUAGGAAGAAUAAUUUGUUCAGGUACUUAGAAAACUAAUGAUGGGCAUUAAAUUUGAUGUCCACUAGAAUGUAAGCUCCAUGAGGGCAAGGAAUUUGCUGCUGAAUUUACACAUUGUUACACAUUAACAUUGAUCAGCACUUUAUAUGUGUGCUUAGUACUUGUUUGUUAAGUGAACCAAAGGGAGAAAAUGUACAAUAUUUAAAAAUUGUAUCUGGAAGAGGAAACCUGCAAAAAAUAAACUUAAUUCAGAGAAAUAAACAUGAGUUGAAAUGCAAAAAGACACUGGGCACUGCAUUCUACAGCAUUAUUUUGGUAGUAUUGUACUGCCGUUGGCUCCUGGCCUACCCCAGCAUCUGUUCUGAGGUUGGGUUCUUAUUAUUUGGGUCUCUAUCAAGGUUCCAUUGAUAUAUACAGUAUAACUUCAACUCUUUUGUCAUUUUUCUCACAGUACAGACCGAAACAGUUUUGACUUUGCACUAACCGGGUCUGCACAUAUCAAAAUUGGAAUUUUUCAACACUUAAGGCAAGGGUUCAGAGUAACACAUUCAAGGUGUCAAAUUUUGUUACCAGUGA